CAGCAAGAGAAUUCACAGAAAGGACGGGACUUGCCAUGCCGAGAGUCAUAACAAACACAUACAUACUGAAGAGGGUAAUCUGAGGCCAAGACUCGGUUUUCAAGCUUCCGUGUUCUCUUACAUUCUUCGUUCUUGCCGUAUACUGGUAUACUGCAAAUCGGGUUGGACCGGGCUCAACUUGACUGAACUCUCACUUGUGCGGCGUGCAUCUUCUUCCAUUUUAUGCACAGGAUAUCAUCGGCGAGAACUAUCCCCAUCACGUGAGAUCGACGAUCUGGCCAGAGCGUCGCCGAAAGGACCAGUCAUCAGAGACAAAAGACGGCACAGUGGAGUAGUAAGCAGGGGGGGGGCCGCGUUGAUUAAUCAGGCUGCCACCAGUAUACGCGGGGUGUGUGAGACGACGACAAUUUUAUGCCACUACUACUUGAGUAUUACAAGACGCGCCGGCCCACUUUGAAAAGGGCAGAUAUCACGGAUCUCGCCACCGAUACACAUUCACCUCCUUGCUUACCAGUUUCACCGAGAAGUUCCGGCCGUUAUAUGAUCCCUAGGACAGCGUAUGCCAACGACUAUGGAGGGCAGUGGGAGUAGUGCUGGAGGCGGUGGCGGCAGCGGCACAGGCCAGCGAACAUCAUGUGAUUCAUGUAAACGCUCAAAGCUCAAGUGCAUCAAACUGCCGGGAAACGACAAGUGCACCCGGUGUACAGCCCGUAAUACCGAAUGUCAGGUCACUCUAGUCAGCAGGAAGAAGCGGGAAAAAAAGAUGUUUGUCAUCACCCCGUUCUCACAUUUCCCCAUACUACCCCUGACAUACUAACGCCUUACAGUCACUACCUCUCCGCAAUCGAGGACCGCAUGAAGCGCAUGGAGUCCGCCAUGAACGCCUCCGGGAUCGCCAUCGAUGAUGGAGACCCCGAGGCCGCCAUCCCCGCCGUCUCGGCACAAUCAGCUCUUGAAGACAAGCUCUCAAUCUUCAUGAUCAGCGAUGAUGGUGCUGCCGGCUUUGUGGGUCCCUCAUCGGGCUUCUCGCUCUUCUCGCCGCAGGGCCUGCGCUGGAUCUCUGAGAAGACAGGAGACAACAACUUUGAGCAGGUCAUCAAAGCAGUCUCUACCUCAUGUGAGCACCAGGCGACUGGCGGGCAGGACACAUUCCGACCGCUUGCAGAGGGCGAGAGGGAGCCACUACCGCCCAAGGAUAUAGCAAAUGAGUAUAUGGCCGCGUACUUUGACAAUUUCAACAACAGCUUUCCGCUGUAUGAUAAGGAGAGCGUGAUGGAGAGAUUCUCAAGGGAUUACUAUAUGGUGAACCGGGAGAAAGAUCCGGCGUGGUACGCUUCGCUAAAUGUUAUAUUCUUGAUCGGACGGUCUAUCACUAUGCAUGAGAGGGAAGCGAAUGGACUUUGCGAGAAGUACUUCAGGAAUGCAGCUAGCGUUUUCGUAGAGCUGCUGUUUAAUGGACCUAGCUUGCUAGCUGUACAGGCCAUGGUUGGAAUGGCCUUUAUCCUGCAAGCGUCAGAAGACCCACAUCCAUCAUAUAUGCUUGUGGGCAUGGCAGCACGACUUGCCCAAGCAAUCGGUCUCCAUAGGCGUCUAGAUGGGUAUGGACUGAAGGAGAGAGAUAUCGAGCAGCGCCGCAACGUCUUCUGGAUCGUCUUCGGCCUCGAAAAGGGCAUCAGCAUCCGCUCUGGUCGCCCAUCCGUCUUCAGCGACGACGACAUUGGAGUCGAAUUACCGCCCAAGACUGUGCACGCCUACAAGGACCUAUCGAGCUCCGACUCAGUCCUUGGCAGCUACCGCUGCGUAGCCACCAUCGCACUUCUAGAGAGUCGCGUGUACACCAAACUCUAUUCGGCGAGGUCGCACACGAAAUCCGAUCUCGAGCGCUUGAAGUGGGUAGGGUCGCUAGACAAAGAGCUGCAGCAGUGGCGCGACGAGCUGCCGAUCGAGAUUCGGCCAGAGAAGCCGAUCAAAUGCCACAGCAAGCAUCUGAUGGACGUUAUCAUGAUCCACUUUGCGUAUUAUAAUUGCUUGGUGGCCAUCCAUCGCGGCUCGAGUCAUCACGGGUCUUGGAUCUACUCUGAUAAGCCGACCACAGUGCGCGACGCGAGGAACAUCGGUCUCAGUCCGCGUGUUUUCGAGUCUAGCACCAUCUGCCUGACUGCCGCGCGCCAGAUAAUCGGACUCCUGCACUACUACGAGAACUGCGACCAGACCGACGUCCACAAUCUAGGUAUAGUAACCAUGUGCAACUACUACCCCCUCACCGCCUCGCUCACCCUUUUCGCCAACAUCCUCCAAAAUCCCUCCGCCCCAAGCGCCACCUCCGACCUCGCCCUCAUGAACCGCGUCACCCGCAUCCUCAUCGACAGCCUCUCCUCCUCCUGCAAUGCCAAGGCCGCCAUCCACGUCGACAUCUUCAAAGAGAUCAUCCGCACCGCCGCGCAGUUCGUCGCCAAAGCCCGCGGCGAACCAGCAGGCACCUACCUUGACCCAUCUACCCUCCCCGCCCCGCCAGUCGACUGCUACUACUCCCCCUGCGCCACCUCCACCGGCGUCUCCCCCUCCGCAUCCGGCACAGACGCCUCCGUCUCAGACGCCCUUCCCCGUCUCGAACCCUACACCUCCAAUACCUCCCAACAAACCUCCCUCCCCCCACUCUCCACCCCCUCCCCCGCCACAUCCGCCUCCCAAUCAACCACUCACCUCCCAUUCGUGCAACGAACACCCUCCCAGCAACAACUGCAAUCACAACUAGAAUACUACGGCCCCAAACAAGGCCUCCCCGGCACCCCCGGCGCAGGCAUCAUCCCCCCAGCCUACGACCCCGAUUUCUCCUCUACCAUCCCCUCCGUCGACCUCUCAGCGUUCGAUUUUAAUAACUACGCCUGGCAGGACACGGGCGCCUUCCCUGGCGCGCAGGGCGUGGAAGCAGCGGGCGGGGCGGGGGGAGUGGAGGUCGAGACGUUUGCUGCGACGAAUGGGACGGAUGGGGGUGCUGGGAUUGGGUAUGGGACGGGGGCGACGGGGAUGUUUGUCGAUGAGGGCGCGUUUGCGCCGAUGGUGUUUCAGUGGGAUUUGGCGGAUAUUUGGCAGGGUGGGGGUGGGGCGUUUGGGAAGUGAGGUUGGUCUGGGGAGGAAGGGGCGGUUGGAGGGAAGGAGCGAUGCAAGAAUCGGGAAGAGGGAAGGAGCGAUGAGAAAUAAUAAUGACGAGAUGGAAAGAGCGAGGUGAGAGAAGGAGCGAACGAAGGAAAGAAGAGCAAAGGGAAGGAACGAGACAAGGGAAGGAGCAAUGGGACGGAUGGAGUGAGGUUAAGGAAGGAAAGAGCAAGGGCAGGGAAGGAGCGAUCCUACCUCAUUGCCCUUCUUGAGUAAUUUUUGGUCAUUUUUUUGGGCGCAUCUCCCGUUGUCAAUGCCGGAGUUUGUGGGUUGGUUUUCGGAAAUAUAUGGGUUUGGCGUAUUGUUGUAUAUUAGUCCCCCGGCGAGGGGCAGAACUUCACAGCUCGCUCUUCAUCAUCAUCAUCGUGUUUGGUGGUUUUUAUAACUAGAGGGGUGGUUUACGUACCGGAAUGGGGGUAUAUAGUAAGGCCAUGAUAUAAAUAUAUUGAUUGGAUAUAGGUGUAUCAUGGAUUGAAGUGGAAAGGAUACAUGUAGG